AUUGCCUUUCCGUUACGCCAGUCAUCGGAAAAGUCAAUAUUCAAAAAUGUGUCAACAAUCAAAACAUAUGAUUGUGAAGUGCAUGAACGAAACCUGUACAUUAUUUUAAUUAUUUUCAAGCGUAUCGACACUAACUGAAUAGAUAUAUGGAUUCAGACGAAAAAAGAGCUAUAAUCAAUAAGAUAGGAAUGUUCAUCCCGGGUAAAAAUAAGUGGCUCGAGUACAACGCGAAAAUGGAAGAAUGCUUUGACGACCACCCUGUCGACUUGGAACAACGUAAAGAACUAUGCAUCGCUUCCCUGGGCGCUAAAACUGUUAAGAUACUCAAGGGCAUCGUUAAACCACAAAAAAUUCAAGAUCUAGAUUAUACAACCAUUGUAGACAAACUGGAGGAAUAUUUCUAUCCCACACCAAAUCGACAGUAUUAUUUAACCAAGUUUAUGCUGAGAAAACAGCUGAGAGAUGAGUCUUUUUUCAAAUUUGUCUGGCAUCUUCGUCAGUUAUUGCAUCAAUGUAGGUUGAGUAAUGAAGAAGCUCAUAAGAACCUUAAAGAACAACUUAUUACAAAUACCACAGGCAUUGUGAAGCUCAUGCUUGAGAGUGAACUACAGAAAGAAAAAACUGUACCUACCCUAUCAAAAGUCUUCUGUAAGGGCCUUGAAAUUGAUGAUAGGUUUGUUCAUGGGAUUCGCAAAAGCAGGCGCAACAAGAAAAAACUGAGGAAAAGUAAAGAAAAAAAGUGUUUCAGAUGCAACCAACCACUGACAACUCAUGAAAAUAUCACUUGUCCCUUUGACUGGGCACAAUGCGAGUCCUGCGAGAUGCCUGGCCACCUGCUUACCGCUUGCAAGUACCAGAAGACCAAAUGCAAUAAGUGCCGAGUGAUUGGGCACGUGGCCAAGAUAUGUAAAGGACAGAAAGGGAUUAAGGUAUUUCCUGGGCAGAACGAUGAUCCUGCUAGUGCGUCGGAAACUGAGCAUUCAGUUAGAAUCAAUGAUCUGUCCGAUAUUGAAAGGCUUACCCGGCUUAUACUAGACUAACACUAGCUAGAGUUGUUGAACAUAUUUUUGGAAUGGUAUGAAAUAAGUUGUAAGGAGAAUGUCACACUAUCAGUCUGACAUUGUGAAUGUCAUAUUUUAUGUCGUACUCAUUUUUAUCAAUGUUGGGUACACUAUUUAAAUCACUAUCAUUUGUAGAUCACAUUAGAGUUUUUUUAUCUUUCAACACUAACCCAUUUAUUCAAAAAAGAUGAAUACAUAUUUUUAGCUUUGUUCUUUGAUGGGGUUAUUGGUGGUAACUACAAAAAAAAAUGAAUAAGAUGAAUAUCUACUGAUAAUGUUUUUUCUGCCUUGUUUUACAAUGUUAUACUUUUCGACAACUGAGUGAUUGUGUUGAUAGGGGAGAAGGGGGCAAGUUGUUACAAAAUUAAUAUAGUUAUUUAUUUGGGCAAAAGUUGUUCUUUUAUAUAAUAAUAAUAAUAAAGUGACUUUAUUGGCAACCUUCCAUAUUAUAGCGAAGUUUAGCUUGAUUGCUACUCUUCCACUUAACCAUAAUAUGGACAAAACGUCAAAAAUUUAUACAAGGAACAUAAUACAUGGAAUAUAAACAAUGACAGAACAAUGACGAGAUUAUUCCAUUUGCUAGCCAAGCAUGCCAUAAAGCAAAUAUCGACAUGAACAUUAGAAGUCAACCAAAUUGAAAAUAUUCAUUUAACAAAAUCCCAAAAAUAAAAAUAAAAUAAAUUAACAACUUAAACAUUGAGAGAUGAUUGUAUCUCUAAUAGCUGUUUUCUAACUGAUUUUUUAAAAGAGAGUAAACUUUCUUGUUUGUUAGCCGCACUGACUGAAUUGUAAAGCUGAACGGCAUUAUACGUGAAAGACGUCUGAUGUAAUGAGGUGUAGUGAAGAGGAAUAUUGAACUGUUCAUCAUGACGUAACCUUCUUGAAAUUACAAAAACC